AUGUCCGCUCGAUUAAGCGAAGAGUGGGACGGCUUGGACGAUGACGAGAGCUUCCAAGAGAUUAUGUUCGAGCAACGGCUAUGGGCACUAACUGCCUAUCAACGAUUGACGCAGAACAAACCCCUGCAGUCACCUGCGCAUGAGUUACUGAGUAAUAGUCAACCAGCAGAUCAGAGGAGGGUACUCCAAAUACAUGGUUCUCUAGUAUAUACGCUCUCUACCACCAAGACUCAGCCAGCCACCACGUACCCUGCGCCUCUCAACCAUCAUACACUAUACAUUCCUUCACUUGCAUCUCCAACGCCGUUUCCCGAUAACUACUUCGACGCCGUUAUCUCGCGUUCUGUCGCGACAGUUCUUCGAAACGACGAUUGGGCUCGAUCAUUCUUCGACUGCAUGCGUGUGCUCAAGCCCGGUGGACAAAUCGAAAUACUCUCAGUGGAUGCGCACAUGAGCUGCGAAGGGCCCAAGUUAUCAUCAUGGGUUGAUGAGCAUCUUUCCUGUCGGCUGGAAGCUCACGGCGUGAGCAAGCAGGCUUCAGACACUGUCCUCGACACAAUGGAGAUUGUAGGCUUCGAUAACAUUCGUCGCGCUCGCAUCGCGCUUCCAGCGCAUCCACCCAAGGUGGCACCUAAAGUGGCGCCAUCUGCAUCACAUACUUUUGGUGCUGCGAUCCCGGCUCCCACACCUCAAGAUACUCUAGAUACGACGAAGAUGAUGGCUUUCCUUGGCCGCCAUUUCUAUCAGGAUCUUUACAGCAGGUUUAUAGAUGUCAGACAGGGAGAUGAGUGGUUCUGGUCGGAUAAGGAGAUGCGGGCGGAAUGUGAUCUCUACAAGACAAAGACGGUACUGACAAUUGCCUGUGGGCAAAAGUCUACAAAUAUGGAAGAACUCCUACCUUCGGAAACCAUCGAUAGGGCAGACUAUCGGCGAUGUCGCACAACCUACGGCCUUUUAUCCACGGCAUACAAGCGCACGACCCAUUCUGACGAACCAGAGAAGGAUUACAAAGAGUUGCAGAAACUUGAGAAGACUUUACGUGACCGUCUAUCAAACCUUGACCCUGCCAGAGGUCUUCCACGCAAAUUCCAGAGUCCGCUCGACAAUCUCAAAGCAGGCAUCGACGGUGCUCUCGAUAUGGGAGUAACAGUCGAAUUCCUCAUUGAAGGUCUCAAAGAUAUCUUGAACGAGAAACCAGAUGCUACGCCUGCGCCAAAGGUCGAGCCGAAUAGACUAGUACCUGAGAAGCGCCUUCAAAGGUAUCUAGAGGAGCUUCGCAUCGAGAAGGACAAGAACCGCAAACUCAACGAAGAGAACAACCGCCUCAUCCUAGAGCUCAAGCAAUACAAGAUGCGAGAGGACGCGACCCCCAGUUGGCCGCCUCUCAGUGAGCCGCCUCUCAAAAAACGUCGCGUUGACUAG